UUGAAUGUUGGGUUUUGGUUGAGGAGAGGCUCUCACUUGUGUUGUUCGUUUUGUACACAGCGUGUUCUUUGUGCCUUUGUUUGUCGACUUAGCUUAUUUUGUGUUUGCAGAUUAAACAGCUGAUGGUUUGUGCAGGGAACUGAACAUUUGGAAAUAGGUAGCGUGCCAACUUAUGUGAUGAAUCAAUUCUUGAGUAGUUCGUAUGUAAGCCGUCCAAGAUGCAGCAAGCGCAUGAGGAGUGUGCAGGCCAUGGCUGAGCCUACAGGUUCAUGCAGUAUCCGCUCUUAUUCCCAUUUGGAGAUUGUGGAUGGCAUCAAGGGCUUAAAAAGAUGUCAACGGGUGGGCAACAACAGCUUGCCACUCAUCAGGAUCCUGUCUUAUCGUGUGCUGUCCACACUGUUGAAGACUUCUUGGCUCAAGAAGAUAACCUUGCUCAUCAAGGUCGGGAAGGAUCAGCUAAGCAUAUCUCUUGCAGAGAGUAUUAUGCUUAUAAGCUUCAGAUACGCCCUUGUAACAUGCUGCUAAGGGCAGGGAGGUGCUUCCAACAGUACAUUGUUGACAUGUACGUGAAGAUUGAAAACACUCGCUUGGACUUUUUCCGAAAGAACCAGCAAACUAUCAGGGCAGAUUUGUACCAAGGUAUACUCGACACUGUCGAGAGCGGUGAAAACAGUGCAGCUAAUGUGGGGCAUCGAGUUGUGUUACCACCAAGUUUUCUGGGGGGGCCUAGGGAUAUGAAAAAGAGGUAUUUGAAUGCGAUGUCCUUGGUUAAGAAGUAUGGGAAGCCUGAUUUGUUCCUUACAAUGACGUGCAAUCCUAAUUGGCCAGAGAUUAAACAAGAGUUGGCUGUCGGAGAGGAGGCACAAAACCGGCCAGAUUUAGUUUCAAGGAUUUUCCGUGCUAAACUGAUAGCGCUAAAACACCAUAUCAUGAAAAAAAAAUAUUUGGUGAAGUUGCUGCUAUGA